UAGAGGUAACAACGGUCCAUUAGCAACAAGCAAGUAUCGGACAAGCACUUGCAGUGGGGGAAAAAAGAAAAGAAAGAUACAAACUAUCAUAAACAAAAGCUCUGUGGGAUGAAGCCUCCGGUAGCUAUGGCAGUGGGUGGGGAACCCCCCAUGUUUUUGCAGCGACCAUCCACGGGAAAAUCCCAGGACGUACGACACAUACUGGCCAAAACAUUUCGUCAACUCUACACCAGGGAUACAAUUGGCCCCGAUACUGUGAAAAAUCUGAGUGUUUCUAAAGGUGGAGAUGAUGAAUACCAUGAACGAUAUGUUGAACAGUUACAGAAGGUUUUUCAUGAGAGACAAAGAAGACUGGAUGAAGCUGCUCAGUUAGAGAGACAUAUAAUGCAAGCUCAAGCUCGGGCUAUGUCAGCUGAUGAAAGGGAGCUCAACCGAGUGUCCCAAAGUUGUGACAAUUACUCAGACUUGGGUCUUCCUCCUGUGAAGUCCCAUUUCAAUUCUUGUCUUGAUGCUGGGCUUUUAAAGAAACACAAGUUACUGACUCCAGAAGACUACUCUACACAAGAUCCAGCCAGUGUUACCCCUCCCACAGAACCCUUAGUUCCAAGUUAUGCAAGAGAAACUGUGUCCUCCCAGCAGAGAAAUGAUCUGAUAGGGACCGGAGAGAGAAGAGGGGAGACACCAUUAUUCCUCGCUAGUUACCUCAGGCAGAGUACGGACUUGGCUCUGUAUGACGCGGAGGAUGGGAGACUGCUACAGGAGGAAACCCCCUCCCCUGUCAUGGAGUCGUUGGACAAACCAUUGCCUGCAUGGAAGGUGCACUUAAGUGAGGAACAAAGAGAAAUUGACAGAACGGACUUGGCAAACUUACAGGCCAAGGUAAACUUCCGCCGAAAUCCACGACAUGUUGCCCCGUCUGUUCCCCCUGGGGGUAGAACAUUGAUUAAGGAUCACAAACAAAAGCCCAAGGAAAUCGGAAUCCAACAGAAAGAGCCCUCUAGUGUGGUCGCUGAACCAUCAGUUGUCUUUCUUGUGUCGCCACCCAUUGUGAGAUUCACUGAUUAUAAAGUUGGCCAAGUUUAUGAGAUCACUUUGGAGUUGAAGAAUGUAUCUUCUUGUCUCCGUCAAUGUCGAGCCAUGCCCCCAUCAUCACCUUUCUUCAGUAUUGGACUAGGCCAGUUUCCGGGAGAGCAUGGAUUGGUGGCUCCUGGAAUGAGCUGUCACUACGGGAUCAGGUUUGCCCCAGAUUCCCUGAUGGACUACGAUGAUGAGAUUAGGAUUCAGACUCAGUCCUCUGACCCAAUUAUCGUCCCUUUGCAGAGCAGACGACAGCCACCUCUCAUUUCAUUGCCAAAGGUCCUUGAUGUUGGCCACUGUCUGGUGGGAGGUGUUCACAUCGGUCAGUUCAUUGUUAAGAAUGAGGGAGGAAGUGGACGAUUCUGUGUCAUGCCUCGGUCCUCCUGGCCAGCCACCAACUUCAAGAGUGUGGUCACCAAUGGCAGUGUUCAGAUCCCCCCUUUUGAUGUGAGACCUUCCAUGCUGGAGCUGAUGAAGGGAGACACAGGUGUAAUGGAGGUCGUGUUCGCCCCUCACGCCAUCCGCAAGUUCACCCAGGAAAUCACAAUUGUCUGUGACAACUGUCAAGUCAAGCACUUCACGCUCAAAGGUGAAGCUCAGAAGGCAGAGGUGGAGUUGAUAAAUGUGGAGCGUGGAUUGUCUGAGGCAUUGCCGGGAGAAUUAUCAGAUGUCUCUGCUGAAAAUUUGAUCCGAUUUGAUGAACUCAAUCCUUUUACAUACACAGACAAAACUAUUGUAGUGAAAAACAUAACGGACGUGGAACUGCCCUUCCAGUGGAUGAUAUACAAACCAGACAUGACUGACACGGAUGAACUGGACAGGAAGUCUGACCGCGUGCCCGAUGUGGACUCGGUGUUUAGUGUACAUCCUCCCAGCGGAAUGUUACCCCCAACAGCGGAAAUGGAAUUCAAGAUUACCUUUGCCCCUCCAGUGGUGGACAUGUUUCAUAGUGUGCUGCAUCUCCUGUUGCAACAAGUUCCCCCCUACAAUGAGAAUGGAUCAGCCAAAUCUGCCAAGAGCCGGAAACAGUCCAUGGAAGAGCCGAACAGCUCUAGUGGCGAGGAAACGGAGGACGACGAAGAAACCAUGUCCGAGAUGUUCAUGAACUCUGACAUGAAACAGUUUAAAGAUGUCACAGCUCUAGAGAUUGAAGUCAAGGGUAAAAGUGUUCCUCUGAAUGUUGUGCUGCAUCCUUAUGCUGUGUACAGCCCGGGACAACAUCUACUGGGCACAACUGUAAAGAAACUCGUCACUAUGGCAAACCACAGCAGGUCAACUGUAACAUUUCAAUGGCAGCCCCAUCAUGAGAAGACAAUUAUUGAAAUGGAACCACCAUUUGGAGAACUUGAUCCCGGCAUGGCCAUGGACCUAGAGUUGAGUAUCACAGGGUCGGAACCAGGGAAGGUGGAUAAAACCCUUUACUGCUACGUGAUGAAUCUGGAGGAACCACUGCAUCUCCACGUGGAAGCAGAGUUCAAGGGCCCGGAGAUCGCAGUGGAGGAGCCAAACGUGGACUUUGGGUUGGUGCGUCUAGGAGAGUCUGCAACAAGGAAGAUCACUCUGUCAAACCUUUCUCAGAUAGUGACAAUUUGGAGUAUCCAAGAUGUAUCUGAGAACUAUGAUUCAGAGGACUCUAUGGCGGAGUCGGAGUUUACAUUCACGCCAUCUGGUGGCGAGUUGAAGCCUCUGGAGCAGCAGAAGAUCACCAUUCAGUUCAAGCCCUCUAAUGUCCACACACUUCAAGCAAUCUUUGAAGUUCAGGUGGAAGAUGGAAACAAAAUUAACCUGGCGGCCUUUGGUGAAGUGCAGACCCCCGCAGCGUGUUUCCUGACGAGCCAGAUCUGUAUGGAGGAAGUUUACAAGAGAGUACCGGUCAAGUACCAGGCCAUUCUCAUCAACCAGACUCUACUGCCCGUCCAGUUCUCCCUGGGACAGGUGGAGGGCGAUCACAGCAUGGAUUGUAGUGUGGACCUGGACAUCUCCAGUGGUUGGCUGGAUCCAAGAGAGGAGAAGGCCAUAGCGGUCAACUUUCUGGCUAACAGAGAGGGAGAGUUUUCCGACCUCCGUAUCCCGUGUAUGGUGGAAGGAAUGGAGAGUCCUCUGUACCUAGGACUGUUCUCUGAUGUGCGCGGUCUGUCUACGAAUUUCAGGGUCUCGACGGAUGGAUACACGGCAAGCAAUUUUUCUGAUGAUCUACAUCUGGACUUUGGUGAAGUUAAAAUCGGAUCCGUAUCAAAGUUAUAUCUACACAUCAGAAAUGAGUCGGCCAUCACUGCUCCCUACAGUAUAAGUGUAGAGUACUUCUCAGCUAAACCCCCCACCCCACCACAAGAACCUGCGGAAAGAAACAUGAGCACCGGACAGAGAAGGGCCCUCCUACAGAAAACACCGAAUCUAGCAGAUCCCAUGGCAAAGACUUCUGCCAAGGCAGCUAACGAUGCAUAUCAAGUUAUGCUGAGUCAGAACCUAGGGGCUGCUUUUGUACCCAGCCCCCCUGCCGGAACGCUGAUACCCUUUGGAGAAGAAAUCAUUGAUGUCACAGCUUACUGCGACAUGUGGGGAAGAUACUCGGAUGUCAUGACAGUCAAGGUGGGUGAUAUGUCUCCUUUGUCCGUUCCAAUCAGCAUGACUGCUGUAGGAUGUCCACUUAAGUUCCAACUGACCGCUGCCCAGCCAGAGCAGAAACCCAUUAUCAGGUUUGGUACUCAUGUAUCUGGUGUGGCUCCUACCAAUCGAACCAUGAGGGUCAACAACACCAGUCCGUUUGAUUUGCGCUUGGAUUGGAAUAUAUUUAACGUAGAGAAAGAUGACAAAAAGACCGUGGACUUAAUUGUGACCUAUGGUGAGGCCUUCCCCAGGCUGGACAACACGGGCAAGGAAAUUGUACCCCCCUGGGAAGGUGACCGUAUGGCUGUUCCAGUUCCUGUAAGAAGACAACCUUCGGACUUCUUACCGAACUCACCCUCCACCUCAGCAGGAUCCACCCGUACACAGUACAGCACCAAAACAUCUCAGGCCAUCCCAACAGAGGCAGAGCUAAUGGCCAAGAGACUUCCUAUCAUCUCCCUGUUCUGCCAGGCUCAUGAGGGGGUCCCAGGUGUUAGUCCCUACAGUGUUAAAACUAGACAGUUGGUGAUCCCCGCCCGAGGUCACGCCAAUGUCAAUUUCACCUUCACUCCAUUCCCAACAGAGGAGGUGGUCAAAGAUAUGGACUGCGAGGGAUUUGCUCUUGGAUACAUGAGCUUGGAUAAGGGUGGUUGUGUGGAGGGUAAGGUGGAGCGAGACCAGGGGUACAGCGUGGAACCACUCAAACUAGAAAUGAUGGCCCACAUCAAACCAGCCCUUUUGACUAUCGAGUGUCAUGACGAUGAGGGCAUGAGGUACAGAUCUGCCAUGAGUGAUCUGCUGCAGGCGGGAGGACAGGUGUCCAGAGAGAGCUUGAGAAUUAACACAUCUAUGCUGUCGAAUAACACGGAGACUCCCUUAGUGUUCAGGAUGAUGACCAAGAAGCCAUUUAUGCUGGUGGAUGUGGACCCUUCCACCAAUGAAGAACUCUCCACCAGAACAACGGCCACACAGAUGCAAACUCUCAGACCAAACCAUAACCUCAUUGUGCAGGUGGCCUUCCAGACCAGUCUAGAUCUUCUUCCUCUGAGCGAGGAGUCACGAUUGUCAACCGCUACCUCGGACAAGAUGACGGCCGAGGAACGGAAAUUAGAAAUUCAAGAGAAUCUCAUUAUAGAAUUCAACAACACAACGACACAGAGAAUUCCUCUGUGUGCCACUCUUUCCCUGCCUCAGAUGGAGCUAUCCCAUGAGUCCCUGGACUUCGGUACUUGUCUCGUGGGUCAGAGACGAGAGCUACAGAUCACAAUAUACAAUAGGACUGCCUCCCAUUCGUACUGGAUUUCUAACAUAGACACCUGUUCUGACACUUGCUCUCAGAACACAUUCUGCAUAGAACCAAAUUCUGGGACUCUGGAGGCUCACAUAACUCACAUCAGUAACAGCAAGACUCUGCUGAAGGUUUACUUCACAGCCAAGCAUGCUGAGAUGUAUGAGGGAGUAUAUGUCUUCCAUGGACAGCUUGGGGAGGAGCCUCGUAAACUGUACCUAUUUGGCCAGGGUUCAUAUGAUGGAAAGCAUGAGGCCAUUCUCAAUGUGUAGACAACUUGUUCACCACCCUUAAAACAAUUAUCUGUGAUACAACUAUACAUGUAUGUUAGUUAAAUACUGCAUUUACAAAUAUUCAACAAUAUACUACUGUAGAUUCCUUAUUUUACGUGAAUACUUAUUAUCGCAAAAUGAAUCAUGGACGUCAAAUCGCGAGAAAAUAAUAAAUUCACAAGUGCUCUGUGGAUCAAGUGUUUUUGCAUGUACAUGUAUUUAAGCAAUAUAAAAAUAAAAGCGAGAAAUAUUUUUUCGUGAGUGAUGUUUCUGAAAUUACGCGAUAAUAAAUUCCUCGUGUAUAUUUAGGAAUUUACAGUAUAUAAUAUGACUGAUACAAAUAUAUUUUCCCCAAAGUGAUACAUGCAGUUGAUUGGAAUUGAUCAAACUUAUAAAAAUGAAUAACUAAGAAGCUAAUAUUUAGUAUUACUUUUUGUUACAGAUAUAUGUUUUUACAUUGUACAUUUCUUCAAAACUGGAAUAAUUAUUGAUUCCUUGCAGUUUUGUUUGUUUUGUGAAAUAAAUGAUUAUAUUUUGA